AGAACUCUAAUCUCUCCUCCAUAACUUUCUUUCUAUAGAAGGAAGAUCGGUGGUCAAUUGCCAUGGCUAAUCUUGAGUUUGAGCAAGAUGGGGUUUCAUCACCAUUUUCAUAUACACCGCCAACUCACUACACUCUAAAAAUAGAGUCAUUUUCGUUGCUAAAGAAGCUGAAUAGAUUUGAGUCGGGGGAGUUUGAUGCUGGAGGAUACAAAUGGAAACUGGUGGUGUACCCAAAGGGAUACAAGAAGAAGAAUGUGGAAGAUCACAUCUCUGUCUAUCUAGAAAUGGCUGGAGCAGAAUCACUUGAGACUGGUUGGGAAGUAUUUGUUGAUUUUAGAUUGUUUUUACUUGAUCAGAAUAAGGGAAUCUACUUGAUGCUAAUCUAA